AUGACCGAUAUCGAGACCAUUCCUGAAAAAAGACAUAUAUAUAGUGAACCUGGAGAAACAUCACCAUUAUCAGACCUUCCUACUUCACCUGGAAUUUACAAACAAAUGACAACUGAUCAAACUCCAACAAGCACAAACAACAAUACUACAAACGAACCAGCCAGUAAAGCAACAAGUACGAAACCAACAGAAGGUAGAAGCAAAAGCAUUGCUUCUGACGAAAGUUCUGAUUUGAGUGAUUUAGAUUCAGAAGCUGAAACUGAAAGAAUGUAUGAUGGUGCUGAGUCGCAGUUAGAGAAGAUUGCCAAACGUGAGGAUCAAGAUUCAACUUUACUUCAAGAAGAUGAAGAAGAAGCGGAUAACACAGUUGUCAAGGGAGAUUACAUUGAUCAAUUAGAUGAAGAUAAAGAUAUUGAGAUUGAAAUUGAGGCAAAUGAAGAGUUUGGUAAAGUUGUUGAGCAGUUGAAGACUAGUGAAGAACCAGAGCCAAAAGCUGAGAGUGAACCAGUUAAAGAGAAUGGUACCGUUGAUGAAGAUGUCAAAAAACGUAAGCUAAGUGAAUCAUUGUUGGAGCCAAUCAAAAGAAGAAAAACAGCGGAUGAAGAAAAAGAGGAUACACAAGAAGAACAAGUUGAUGAAGUAACUAAGGAUGAAGAUGUCAAAGAUGACAAUGGUGAUGAGGCAAAUCAUGAAGAUGAAGAACCACAACCGGAGCAGGAAUCUCAAGUUGGUGUUAAAAAAUCUGAAGCUGAAGAUGAAAAUGUCAACGAAGCUGAAGAUGAAGAUGUUGGAGAAGAGGAAGAUGAAGAAGAGGAAGAAGAAGAGGAGCUUACAGAGGAGCAAAAAGUUGAAAAGCAAAAGGAACUAGAGGUUGAAUUGGAGAAACAGAAACAAAGGAAAGAGGCAAUACAGUUUUUAACAGAGAUUGAGGUUGAUUUUGCUAAAUUAAGAGAUAGAUUAUACGAAGAUAAAAUGUCCAGAUUUAAGUCAGAAUUAGAAAUGUGUCUGAAUGGUUCCCAUCCCGAAUUACAAAAUGUUUACACCAAGAUUGAUUCACAUAGAGAAGAAAAGGUAAGGCUUGCCUCAUUAAGUCAAAAAUAUAAAUUUGAAUGCAUAGAUAGAAAGACAAGAGCACAAAGGACAGCUAUACAUCAACAAUAUUUCAAGAGAGUAUCAGAUUUCAAAUCAGGUUAUUUGAAAGAACUCACGGAAAAAUGGUACAAGGUUAACAAAGAAAGAAGAUUAAUGGACUCAUUGGUACCUGAAUAUUCAUACAAAGUGCCAGAAUAUACAGAUGAGUUAGUUACACAAAGAGCACAAGUUAAUGAAGAGAUUAGUGUGUUGGUUGGACUGAAAGAGUAUUAUGGUUUCCCAAGAGCACCUGAAUUGGCUCCAAUUGAAGGUGAAGAACUUGAUAAUGAUCUGAAAGCUAUGAAUAUUCAGUAAUGUAAUGUAAUAAAGAUAAAAAUAAUAUUUGAUGAAUAAUUUUGUAGUUGACUACGGUUUCAUUGAGUUCUAGUUUUUUUU